UCCUAGCAGUUAUGGUUGACAAUAAACAGGAACGAUAAAAAAGAUGCAUCGAAAAAUACUUUCAUCCCCCAAUCUCCGCAAAUUAUUCUAAAAAGAUAUUGUCUAGAAUGGAAAACAUAUCUUUUCCUACUGUUUACUUCUCAAAUUAUAGGCAAACUACUGCUUGAUUUACAAAGAAUUUACCCCGAUUAAUAGUGGCUGGGAAUUUUUCUGGCUCGGUCGCUUGCACCAAAGAUACGUUACUGUCAUCCCAAAUCAUAAGAAGUGAGAAUGGGAUCAAGAGGCAUACCUGCAGACAAGGUAAAUUUGCGUUUGAUUUUAGUGAGUGGUCGCACGAAAGAGUUCCUGUUCUCACAUUCGAGUUCAGCUGCAGAUAUAACAGAGCAUGUAUAUAGCAACUGGCCAACAGAAUGGUCAGAUGAAAAGUUACCAGAGACAAAUAUUCUUAGAUUAAUCUAUCAAGGCAGAUUUCUGCAUGGAAAUGUUACGUUAGGAGCUUUACAAUUACCUGCUGGUAAAACCACAGUGAUGCAUUUAGUUGCAAGAGAAAAUUUACCAGAGCCAAACAAUCAGGGCCAGUUAAAGAAAGACAAAAGUGGAGAGGCCAGUUGUAGUCUAUGUUGUGUUCUUCUGUGAUGUCAUGUGACUAUCACUGACCAAUCAGACUUUCUGGUCAGACUCUUGUGAUUUAAACUGACCAAUCGGAAUCAACUUGCAUAUUUAUAUGUGCUUCAGACUAUUCUAUGGAAGACUGUUCUGGACACUGUCACUCUAAAAAGGGAGACAACCACAAUCUGCACAUUCAAUCAGGAUUCGACUGCUUAAGUCAUGUGAUCAAAUUCACCAAUGAAAAAUAAGAUUGCAAUGAAGUGUAAAUGGGAAAUGUGGAAUAUAUAAUAUUCUUUACAACUUCGGCUCUUUUGUGCAAAAAAAAAGUAUCCUUAUCACAAAAAGUGUAAACCUAUUUAUAUCUUAUGCUCAGACCAAUACUUGCUGAAAGCUUUACCAAGAAUUUACUUGUGUUUCACACUGAAAGUCAGUCUACCUCCUCUGUAAAGGCUUAUAGCGUAGAAUAUGUCUCAGAAACAGUUGCUGUAGAGGGCAGUGUUUUCCUGUAGUCAAGGUAAACAAGGAAAGUAUCAUUAAAAAAUCACACUUUGAAGCACAAGCUUUCGAUGACCUCGGACUUGAGUUAUAGUAUUGCCUCAUAAGACCUGAUGAGUUAUUCUAUCUUCAUAUCAAGAAUGUUCUUUAAAUUUUCAGGUAAUCAGGGUUCUGUCUAAGAUAAUGAAAUAUAUAACUGCAAUAUUGAAUAUUCAUGAAUCGUAAACAUACUAGAAAUGAAAAAUAAAAAACAAAUUGCUGCAGGUGAAGCAUCAUAUUUAAAAGUCCCUUGUGCAGAAGUGUUGAAUUCUGGCACACUUUUGGGUCCUGUGUGACCCUCAUUGAGUUUCAUAAUAUUUCAUGAAAAUUGCAUAAACAUUUUUUUGUGCUUUUUUUAAAAACUUACAGCUCUUAUUUCUGUGUACAGAAAAAAACUUUUUUGAACUUUGUAUAAAUUAUUAUUGUGUCAAAUGUAUAUUUACGUGAAAUUGUGAUAUUUAGUGUAAAAAAUUGAAAAAUCCCACCUAGUGACCUGUGUGAGAAAUGAGUAGCAUUUAAACAGUGUAACUGUUAAUAUAUGACUAUGAGUGAUGUUGAUGCAAGGGACACAACUCUAGAUUGAUGUCAAUGUUUUCUAUAUUUAGAAAUUACUUGCAAAUUACAAGUAAACCGAGUAAUUUGGUAUUUGUUUAUGUAUAUCACUUGUUAACUGUAAAAUAUGUACAAAGUAGAGAAAUUCUCUUUGUAUACAGUAAGAUCAAAAUAUUUUUCAUUGUAUAAACACAAGAUGCAAUAUUUUGAAGAGUACCUCCAUUGCCGAGAGGUUCAGGUUGCUAACUUUGAAUUGCCCCUCACUGUCCGUUGGAAACCUGUAUUUGGGUUGUAGAAUUCUUUCAUGUGGGGAAGUCAUCUAGCAAGCUUACAGAAGGCUCUUGAUGCUACUCAGGUACGAGUUGUGCCUAAAAUUAAGCCGGAGGGGGACACCUGGGUUCCAACUCCACCAUCAAAAUCUGGAAACUCACCAUAUAACCUAUAAUUGUGUCAGUGUUAAAUUAAAGCCAAGAAGAGCAAUAUUUUGACAAGACAUAGCUGAAAAUAAAGAUGUUAGAGCUUGUAUAAACUUGUGAAUAAAAAUAUCACUAAUCUAAAAUGUAAAACAACUUUAUGUCCUGUCUUUUUCAAUGGGGUGAAACAAGUUUUGAAAUUAGACUGAAGAACUGCAGGGCCUCAAUGACCGAGUGGUUAAGGUUGCUGAUUUCAAAUCACUUGUCCCUAACCAAUGUUACAAAAAUGUCCUUCUGACAGCUUCAGAAGUUCAAGAUGAAUUAAAAACUCAUUAUUUUUAGACUGUAAACUCUAAAUUUUUAGGCUGUAAACUCUAAAUUCAGUUGUUUUUUUACUGAGACUAAGAUAUAGAAUGUUUGUUGAUUUUACUCAUUUAGAUGUUGAGAUGUACAUCUAGAGUUGUGCCCCUUACAAUGUUUUGAAUGACAAUUAUUGUUAAUAUUGUUGCUGCAUUUAAUGUCU